UACUCCCUGAGUAAGAUGGCGCCGCUGGCGAGGGGGCGUCAGCGGGGCGAGGCGUGGCCGGGCGUGUGGCUCCGGGGCUGGGAGGAGGAGAGGCGGCGGCCGUGGGGAGUCAUGGCCGCGGAGCGAGGGGACGCGGUUCGAGCCCGGGCGCGGCUCGGUCUCAUCGCGGGGCACCUCAAGGCCCGGCCCGCGGGCUGCGCGGGAGCAACGCCCCAGCAAUGCGCCUCGGCGGAGGGAGACGCGGGCAGGACCAUACCAAUGCGCAGACAGGACCUGCUCAAGUGGAACGGAUGGGGGUACACCGACUCCAGAUUCAUCUUCAACAAGAAGGGGCAGGCAGAGUUCACGGGGAAGAGGUACCGGGUGAGCGGCCUGGUGUUGCCGGCGCUCCGGGAAUGGAUGGAGCAGACGUUCGGCGCCAGCGUUGAGCACCACAGCGAUGCGCGGACGUCGGUGAACGUGGAGGCGGUGCCGCCGCCGGUGCGGAACGAGGCGUUCGUGCGCGACCUCCAGCGAGCGGCGGUGCCGAUGUCCGAGGACCCCGAGGACCGGCUGUUCCGAGCGCACGGUCACUGCCUGCAUGAGAUCUUCGCUCUGCGGGAGGGCAGGCUGGAGCGAGUUCCCGACCUCGUUGUGUGGCCCGGCAGCCAUGAAGACGUGGUGCGGAUCGUGGAGCUGGCUGUGCAGCACAACGUCUGCAUCAUCCCGUACGGCGGCGGCACCAGCGUGUCCAGCGCCCUCGAGUGUCCCAGUGACGAGACGCGCACCAUCGUCUCCGUCGACACGUCUCAGAUGAACCGCAUCCUGUGGAUCGACGAGACGAAUCUGACGGCACGGAUCCAGGCGGGGAUCAUCGGGCAGGACCUGGAGAGAGAGCUGGGCGAGCGAGGCUACUGCACGGGCCACGAGCCUGACUCCAUGGAGUUCAGCUCACUGGGUGGGUGGGUGGCGACGCGCGCCUCCGGCAUGAAGAAGAACGUCUACGGCAACAUCGAGGACAUGCUGGUGCAUGUGAAGGUGGUGACACCACGCGGCGUGGUGGAGAAGAGCUGCCAGGGCCCACGCACCUCCACGGGCCCCGACGUUCACCACUUCAUCAUGGGCUCCGAGGGAACCCUGGGGUUGGUGACCGAGGUCACCAUGAAGAUCCGGCCACUACCCCAGUCCCAGAAGUACGGCUCCGUGGUUUUCCCGUCGUUUGAGCAGGGUGUGGCCUGCCUGCGUGAGGUCGCUCGCCAGAGAUGUGCGCCGGCCUCCAUCCGCCUCGUCGACAACUCACAGUUUCAGUUUGGGCACGCGCUCAAACCGCAGGUCUCGUCAAUCUUCACAUCGUUCCUGGACGGCCUCAAGAAAUUCUACAUCACCAAGUUCAAGGGCUUCGACCCGCAGCACCUGUGCGUGGCGACGCUGCUGUUCGAGGGCGACCGGGAUGCCGUGCUGCAGCAGGAGAAACACGUGUACGACAUCGCCGCCAAGUUCGGGGGCCUGGCGGCAGGCGAGGAUAACGGGCAGCGCGGGUACCUCCUCACCUUCAUCAUCGCUUACCUGCGCGACCUGGGCAUGGACUACUACAUCAUCGCGGAGUCGUUUGAGACAUCUGUGCCCUGGGACAGAGUCCUGGAUCUGUGCCGGAACGUGAAGGAGUGUCUCAUCCGCGAGAGCAAAGAGCGAGGGGUGCAGUUCCCGGCGUUCGCCUCGUGCAGGGUGACGCAAACGUACGACGCCGGCGCCUGCGUUUACUUCUACUUCGCCUUCAACUACCGCGGGCUUGGCGACCCCGUGCACGUGUACGAGCAGAUCGAGAGCGCAGCACGGGAAGAGAUCUUGGCGAACGGGGGCAGCCUCUCUCACCACCACGGCGUGGGGAAGUUGCGCAAGCGCUGGCUGCCCUCAGCCGUGUCGGACGUCGGAGUGGGAAUGCUCCGUGCCGUCAAGGACUACGUGGACCCCAAGAACAUCUUCGGCAACAAGAAUCUGCUCUGAGGACCCAUCCCACGGGGGCGGGGGGGCAGGAGGAGUUUGGCAGGAAGGGGGGGGGGGUGUGGUGGAGGGGGGCGGGUACGGAGGACAGUAGCUGGCAGAGAGGGCAACCCAUUUCCACGGAUAAACCCAACCGACCAUCAAAUACAUGCACUUGGAGCCGUGUAACAGGCCAGUCGCCAGAUGGUGCCACUCAACACUUGAUGGGAACACCCACCACCAGAUGGGCACUCACCAUAUAGGGCCACCCCCAAGAUGGGCCAUUCGUCAGAUGCGUGGAAUGGCCGAAGUGGUGAGCCGCCGUGGCAUUGGCGGAGCCUGGGUUUGAUUUUCUGGCCCUGUCCCACACGGCACUUAAUCCGCUCGCUCGGCGCGCUUUGGAUUUGCAUUGAGUUGGCUUUUACUUUCAUGCUUUAGCUUAGAGGUGAAUGGUUGGCUUUUGCCGGGAACGGUUUCUGCAGGGUUUCCGGUGUGCUGGAGAAAAUUAUUGCCUGUGUGUGUGUGCGCGUGUUUGUGUGUGCGUGCACUGGUGAGAAAUGUGGUCAGGUUGUGGUUGCCACACCCCACCCCCCACCCCUUUGUGUGCCGUGCCCAUGUGCACAGGUGCUCGCUGACAGCACUUGCCCCAACAGCCUGUGCAGCUAUACGGGGGAGCUUUGUGUGUGUGUGCUGGCCGGUGUGCUUGGGACUUCAUGCUUAAGAUGACACUAAACUCUAGGCAUGUAUCGAUUCAUCGAUUGAAAUCUAUUAUUGCACUCAUACAUGUAUGGAAUUGUGUGCGUAACUAUCGGUCAUUUACGAUUUAUGCAAAUUAUAUGCAAACGAUACGAAAAAGUUGCAUUUGGACUAGUGGGGCGAACAAAACUGUACAAACAAAACUUUACGAACGAGACUGAAAGAAAUGAGGCAAUAUAAAUAGAUGCAAAAACCAGAUGAGGUGAAUUGAUUACUCAAUCGAAUCGACAUCAAUUCGUGGCAGCUCAAUUGCUGGAGUGGAGAGGUGAUUCCUUACAUGCCUAGCUUACAGUGUGCGAGCGAGCGUACAUGUGUGCGUACAUGAAUGUGUGUGAGCAUACUCACGACUCGUGCGCGUGUGAAGUUGUGUAUUGGUGGGUGCUUUUUGUGUGUUCACGUAAUAAGUGUGUGCAUAUAUGACUGGGUGCAUGUGUGUGUGUUGGUGGUUAUGAAUGUGUGUAUGGGUGGACUUUGAGGCUUGAGGUGACACUGAACAGUCGGGGAUUAACAAUGUACCUCUCCUGGAAAUCUGGUGAAUUGUCACGAUUAAGGGUAGCGAUUCGAUUACAGAAUCAAUAUUUUUUUUACACAUUGCCGUGAAUGUAGCAGCCUCGAGUGGAUGCUAAUACCCAUUUCAAAACCUGACGAAUCAAAAACAUUGUUUCUUGCCAUGAUUUGACGAACGCGUCUUCAUCUUAAGAAUCUCAUAUCGAUAAUCGAUUAAUCUGUCCAUCAUCAUUUACACCCCUACUUGACGGCAAAGCUUUAGCUGAGAGAAUUCAGUGAAGAUCGGAAUAUACAGAGUGCUCUGCAUCGUUGCAGAAAGCGGGUGGGAGGGGCGUUUGUGUUCGAUAUGACACGUUAGCGUCGAAGCAUUUCAUUUCGAGAGAAGACUCCACCCAGAGACCCAAGCAGCUCUUCUAUCGUAGCACCACACCUCGGCUGCGUACCCCGGGGACUCGCACGUGAGUUUUAAGGUUCAGUGUGAGAAAAACGAUUUUCAUUUACUUUCUCGAGCACCGCCAAUGCUGUCCAGUGCCCUCACUGACGUGAGCUGCCGUCCAUUUUAUUUUAUAUGUCACUGCAAGUGUCACUAACGGUGCGUGCCACAAAGCCACUUGAAAGUCUUUUAACUCAUUCCUGAAACUUCCUGGGACAGCCGAGGUGGGAAUCCACAAGGGCUUUUCGAGGUGGCUGGGUGGCUCGGAGAUCCGAGUGCUGAGCUAGCACCGCUGAGAUGCAUUUGAAUCCAUGCAGCUGCUGCUGCCUGUCGUUAAACCGGGUUCUCGACUGCAGUGAGUUGAAUGGCCUCAGCCCGGUCACCAAUGACUACGCAAAUAACCCCGUUACUUAUAUGGUUCUAGUCAACUGUGUUAAAUUUCAGCUUGGAGCGCCACAAUAUUAAGGUUCAUACUUUUUGUUUUUUUCGGUAAAGUCACAGGUAAAACAAAAUUAAAAUAAAAGAAAACUAAAUCAAAUCACGACGUUUCGGAGGCAACACAAGCUUCCGUCUUCAGGUGGAACAGUCACAGCAAGA